CACUGUGACACCACAAGCACGGUGCUUGGGGCCGUGGCUGCACCAGUGAGUGCCACAGCCGUGAGCGCUGCGCAGGAGUGUGGACACGCUGCGUGAGCUCUCGUCCCGGCUGGCAGUGAUAGUGGUGGUGGCUGACGGGUGCUGCCCGCUCUCGCUGACGGUGCUGCUCAGCCAUUGUCUGGUGUGUUAGCUGGAAGGGAGAAGGACUGCAGCUGUGCCUGGGUUCCAAUCUGAAAGGUGAGCUUGGGGAUCCAAGCAGUCCAAGAGUGCAGCCGGCUCUUUCCAAGAGCGGGGAAUUCCUUUGGAGAGGAACUUGCUCUAAGAAGUUCCCCAUGCCUCAGAAAGGAGUCGACUGCUACUUUUAUUUCUACUCCAUCUGCUUUAAGGGAGACAGCUGUGCCUUCCGCCACUGUGAAGCGGCUCUGGGAAGUGAACAAGUCUGCAGACAGUGGAUGGAGGGUCGCUGUUCCAGCAGCGACUGCAAGUUCAGACAUAUGAAAAUUGAUAAGAAGCGCAGUGAGAUUCCCUGCUAUUGGGAGAAUCAGCCGGGAGGCUGUCAGAAAGCCCACUGCCCUUUUCUUCACCAGAAGGAACGCGGUGGGAACGCACCGACCGUACCACCAAGCAACGAAGCUGACACGAGUGGCCUUCCUCUCAACAGCGGCCUUGCAGAAAGUCUGGGGAACCAGACAGAGGUUGAGAAGGCACCAGAGAGAGUUGACAUCCCAGCUUCCUCCCACGGCCCGGCUGCGCAAAAACGCAAGCGAUGCGACGAGAAGGGCAAAGCAAGGGAAUUGCCUUGCAAGAAAAGAGUCAAGGGUGGACGCAAGGUGAAAAUGAGGGCUAUUGAUUGGAAAGCCACCUUCCCCAAAAAGCAGAGACAGAAACGAAAAGCAGCAGAGAUGCAACCAUCUGCUGCUGAGGACACCGAUGAGCCCCCAGCCAGAAAACUACCAAUGGUAAGAACAGCGGCAACAGCAGUAGUGCAUAAGGAAGGUUUACAUUGCUCUUGUAGUGAUGGUAGAAAUUUCAAAUGUUCUACAGCUUUACUGUUUCCUUUGAAGGCAGCAGAUGUCUCACAGGGUACUUGUGGAAAACUUCUAUUUUGAUUAGAUGCAGAGCAAUGAUUAUGUAAGAUUCUGUGAUUCUACAAUUCUCAGAUUGCUCUGUGGUGUGAAGGAUUUUGUCCAUGAAUGCUGUGCUGUUAAAAACACCCAAGGUCACUUGUAACCUUCAAGAGAACCCUUUCUUCAGGAGCCGCGUGCUUCUGUAUUUGGGAUCAGGCUCAGCAGCGCCCAGGGAAGGGAGGAGGAGUCCUCAGAGAUCAUCCAGUGUUCCACCUGUCCUGCUGUGGCCAGGGUUGCCAGCCAUGAGAUCCAACUGCCUGGAAACCCAUCCAGCCUGGCCUUGAGUGCCUCCAGGGAUGGGGCAUCCACAACUUCCCUGGGAAAAGAAGCUACUUCGGAAGCUUUGACCCGUGCAUCAUACACACUGUCUUGUU